UCACUCUUUCACUCUCCCCUCUCACCCCUCUUCUCCACUCCCACACUCCCAUUUCUCCCUCUCUCUCUCCGCCACCAUUACCUCAAAACCCUAGAAACCUAGCCAUGGCGUCUCAAUCCCCACUACUCUCUCACUUGCUCCUCUUCCUCGUCAUCGUCCUGUUCCUCUUCCUCUCCGCCUCCACACUCCGUUGCGUCGGUUCCGACCUCGGGAGCUCGGACGGGUCGGGAGCGGCGGCGGCGGCGGAGAUGAGACCUGCGAUGACGGAAGCGUCGGCGUCGGCGGCGGCGCCGUCGAUCGCGGCGAUGGUGGCGGCGAGGAGGCGGCUCGGAAGCUUCCAGAUAUGCGCGCCGUGCACAUGCUGCGGAGGGCCGAAGGGGCUCUGCCUCCUCUCCCCCUGUUGCUACGCCAUCAACUGUAAUUUUCCAAAUAAACCCUUUGGAUUUUGCUCCUUUACUCCCAAUUCCUGUGAUUGCCUUGCUUGUAAUCUCUAGAUUCAUUUUUGUUUUUGAAAAAAAAGACGUUUUUCUUUGCUUUUGCAUAUUUACCCCCCAAAUAUGUCAACGUCUAAUUGUUCAGGGGCGUCUCUGCAAUUUUACAUAUUGGCAGGGGUAUUUAUGCAAAUAAAGAAAAAGAUAAGUCCCCAAAAAUGGUCUAUUUGAUUAGUGCCUAAGUAGUGUUUGAGAGAAUGACUAGGAGAGUAUGGGCAUGUAUGUCACUUACUUUGUUUAGUUUGGAUUUUAGUUAGGUUUGGAAAUGGUGGCAUUGUUUAAUUUUUAUUUUAUUACUAUGUGUGGUGGAUGCGUGGAAAUUUGUUAACAAAGAAUCAGUAGAAAAACAAGCUCUUUCUAUUCUUUC